AUGUCCAACCAGCCCACCCCCGCAGCAUCAUCAUCCCGAACCAUAACCCUAACCACAAGCCACCCAACCGAUCCACAUCCAUCAUCCGAAGACAGCGAAGCUGGCAUCCUUCGUCUUCGACCCACAGCCACAGCUUCUUCUUCACGUAGCCCGGAUUCGUCCCGUCGAAGAGUAGUGUGGACCGAAAAUACAGUCGACAAUGAAGGUUUAGGUCGCAAAAAGUCCAAGAUUUGCUGUAUUUAUCACAAGCCGAAAGCUUUUGGUGAGAGUUCGGACGAAUCGUCAUCUAGCAGCUUGAGUGAUGGUACAGAUUCGAGUUCAGGGUCGGAGAGCGAAAGUAGUGCCGACGCACCUGAUCUUUCACAGGCAUUGAAGGAGAAGUUGAAGCAAAAGCAGAAUAGCGGGUGUGAAAAUAGUGGGCAUGAGAAUGGGCCGCAUCAUCAUCAUCAUCAUCAUCAUGGAAAGCAUCGGAAGCCAAAAGGGACCAAAACGAGGUCGGGUGGGACACAGACGAUUACAGUAACCGAGAAGGGAGAUGACAAGGAAGUGGAGCGCAGCGAUGAUGAUGAGGAAGAUGCGGCAAGGUUUAGGCCUAAUGCUUACGAGCGUGGGCCGAAGUGA